CCAUCUACUUACUAGUUAUGGCAAUGCAAUUACGCUCUUUGCUCUUGUGUGUGCUGCUGCUUCUCCUUGGCUUUGCUUUGGCAGAUACCAAUGCUGCUGCCAGGAUCCAUACACCCGUUGUCUGUGCAAAUCUCAGCAGGACCAAUUUCGAUACUCUUGUACCAGGCUUCGUAUUUGGGGCUGCUACAGCAUCUUACCAAGUAGAAGGUGCUGCAAACUUGGACGGUAGAGGACCAAGCAUAUGGGAUACUUUCACCCACAAACAUCCAGAAAAGAUCGCUGAUGGCAGCAAUGGAGAUGUUGCUAUUGAUCAAUAUCACCGCUAUAAGGAAGAUGUGGCAAUUAUGAAAGAUAUGGGGUUGGACUCGUAUAGAUUCUCUAUCUCAUGGUCCAGAGUGUUACCAAAUGGAACACUAAGUGGUGGAAUUAACAAGAAAGGAAUCGAAUACUACAAUAAUCUCAUCAAUGAACUCCUACGCAAUGGUAUAGAGCCAUUAGUGACACUCUUCCACUGGGAUGUUCCCCAAACCUUAGAGGACGAAUAUGGUGGUUUCUUAAGCAAUCGUAUUGUCAAUGACUUUGAAGAAUAUGCAGAACUUUGUUUUAAGAAAUUUGGUGAUCGAGUGAAGCAUUGGACCACACUUAAUGAGCCAUAUACCUUUAGUAGCCAUGGUUAUGCAGACGGGAUCCACGCACCAGGACGAUGCUCUGCUUGGUAUAACCAAACAUGCUUUGGUGGAGAUUCGGCUACUGAACCAUAUUUGGUGACACACAACCUACUCCUUGCUCAUGCAGCCGCUGUAAAAUUGUACAAGAAAAAAUAUCAGGCAUAUCAAAAAGGUGUGAUAGGAAUAACAGUGGUAACACCUUGGUUUGAGCCCGCUUCAGAGGCAAAGGAAGACAUAGAUGCUGCAUUUCGAGCUUUGGAUUUUAUAUAUGGAUGGUUUAUGGACCCAUUGACAAGAGGUGACUAUCCGCAGAGCAUGCGAUCUCUUGUUGGAGAACGAUUACCAAAUUUCACAAAAAAAGAAUCCAAGUCAUUGAGUGGGUCAUUUGAUUAUAUUGGAGUAAACUACUAUUCUGCUAGAUAUGCAAGCGCUUCUAAGAAUUAUUCUGGACGUCCAAGCUACUUAAAUGAUGUUAAUGUUGAUAUAAAAACUGAGCUUAAUGGAGUUCCCAUUGGUCCACAGGCUGCUUCAAGCUGGUUAUAUUUUUACCCAAAAGGACUUUACGAUCUUCUAUGCUACACAAAGGAAAAGUAUAAUGAUCCAAUCAUAUACAUUACUGAGAAUGGUGUGGAUGAAUUCAAUCAGCCCAAUCCCAAAUUAUCACUUUUCCAACUCCUUGAUGAUAGCAAUAGAAUUUACUACUACUAUCACCACCUUUGUUACCUCCAAGCAGCAAUUAAAGAGGGUGUUAAAGUGAAGGGGUACUUUGCAUGGUCAUUGCUAGACAAUUUUGAAUGGGACAAUGGAUAUACUGUUCGGUUUGGUAUCAACUAUGUUGAUUACGACAAUGGACUGAAAAGACACUCAAAACACUCAGCGCACUGGUUCAAAAGUUUCCUCAAGAAAUCUUCAAGGAAAACGAAAAAGAUCCGAAGAUGUGGGAACAACAAUACUAGGGCUACCAAGUUUGUGUUUUAAAUUUGAAUCCAUGUGAUGAAUAAAGUACAACUCCUCCUCCAUAGAGUCGUUGUUCAAGUUGUUUUUCAUGUUUUAACUUUAUGUUUGGCUCUUUCUGAGUCGGAAUAAGUUGCAGCAACUCAUUGUGAGUUAGUUGUCUCUCCUUAUGAGUGUUUAGUUUUAAUUUUACUUUACGUCAUGUGCUUGGUUUAUCAACGUUUGUUUGCUUUAUGUGGUAGAGGUGCUUUGACCCUUCUCAUAUGUGGUUGGAGGGAUACCUUAUGUCUAAAUGUUGUUGAUGUAUCCUUCAUGUGUUUGUAUUAGUCCAUGUGGUCAAUGGCUCUUUAUGACUAAAUUAUGAAUGCAAUUCCUCUAG